AUGGAUGACUGCUAUCAAUUACAUGGAAGGGACAAUAGCACCAACAAGAUUGUAGCUGAUCCUGAGAAAUUUCCCAACGGUAUCAAGCAUGUCGCAGAUUCUAUUCAUGAUUUAGGAUUUAAGUUUGGUAUGUAUUCCUCAGCCGGUAGAUAUACAUGCGGAGGGUAUCCUGGCUCUUUAAAUAACGAAGAAUUAGAUGCUCAAACAUUCGCAGAUUGGGGAAUUGACUAUUUGAAAUAUGAUAAUUGUUACAAUGAAGGAAAUAGUGGUACAGCGCAAAUAAGUUACAAGAGGUAUGAUAAAAUGGCUAAAGCCUUGAAUGCUACCGGAAGACCUAUAUUCUAUUCUUUAUGCCAAUGGGGAGAGGACAAUGUAUGGAAUUGGGGAUCUACAGUUUCAAACUCUUGGAGAAUUUCUGGAGAUAUAUAUGAUCACUUUGAUCGUUACGAUGACCGGUGUCCUUGUGAAACUUACGAGUGUCUUGGUCUACAAGGGUACAUGUGUUCCAUGACUAACAUUUUAGAGAAAGCUGUUCCUCUUGGACAAAAAGCAGGUACAGGUCAUGGGUGGAACGAUUUAGACAGUCUUGAAGUAGGGAAUGGUGGUAUGAGUUACGAUGAGUAUGUUUCUCAUUUUACUCUUUGGGCCAUUUUGAAAAGUCCUUUAGUUUUAGGUAAUGAUGUCACAAAUAUGACUGAUGAAGACUUGGGCAUUAUUAAAAAUUCUCAAAUAAUUGCAAUUAACCAAGAUUUAUCUGCCCCAGCCCAUAGAGUUUGGAAAAAGGCAGUAAAAGGGGGAUCGCUCCAAUUAUUUGCCAGUACCUUGGCUGAUAAGUCACAGGUUGUAGCAAUUUUUAACAGUGGUGAUAAUGAAGAAGAUACCGAACUAUUGUUUGAAGAUAUUUUUGUUGAUGACAUAACUAUGAAAGACAUGACAUAUUCAGGUAAAGAAUUAUGGACGAAUGAAACUUCAACAUUUCAAGAUAAAAUCAGUACGUCCAUCAAAACUCACUCCAUUAAAAUUUGGAAGUUAACAGAAGCUAAUUAA